CUCCCCCCUUGCAAGACGCGGUGGCAGAAUAGAGCGAGAACAGAGUGGCACGAAAGCUGCUUUCUUGUAGUUUAAAAAAAAGGCAAAAACGGGUGGAGAUCCUCUAUUCGAAUGUGCACUUCUCUACUAUGAUGCCGAAAUCCUCCUGAUCAUCAUCUUUGCUGGCUUCGCGUGCAGAGACGGAUGUAGCGGAGAGAAAAAACAAGGGGGUGGGGGGGGGGGGACUCCACCGGUGGAGGGAUCUGGGGAUGCAUGGGCACGGUUACGGGUGAUCCGACGCCGUUCCGCCGCCGCCACACAAGACUGGAUAUGCUCACAAAAAGUGGGGACAAGUGAGUUUCGGGGGGGCCCACAGGAUGGACACUGCGCAGGUGAUCCUCUCCGUGUUGGUGGUUGUGAUUAUCAUAGUGUCGUUGCUGUCCAACGUGGUGGUGCUGAUCUGCUUUCUGUACAACCCGGAGAUCCGCAAGCAGGUGCCCGGUCUGUUCAACCUCAACCUCACCUUCUGCAACUUGUUGCUGACCGUGUCCAACAUGCCGCUCACGCUGGUGGGGCUCGUCAGUGAGGCUCGGCCGGGGGGAGACGGCUUCUGCCACAUCGUGGGCUUCCUGGACACCUUCCUGUCCACCAACUCGAUGCUGAGCAUGGCAGCGCUGAGCAUCGACAGGUGGAUCGCCGUGGUGUUCCCCCUGAGGUACCACUCCAAAAUGCGCCACAGGGACGCGGUUCUUGUGCUCGGGUACACGUGGGCGCACUCCGUGUCCUUCUCCACGGUGGCCACCUGCUUCUCUUGGGUGGGCUACCACCGGCUCUACGCGUCCUGCACCCUGUUCAACCCGAGGGCGAGCAGUCGGACCCAGUUUGUUAUCUUCACCGUCUUUUUCCACGCCUUCACGUUCUUCCUGUCUUUUAUAGUGCUGUGUGUCACAUACCUCAAAGUGCUGAAGGUGGCAAGGUUUCACUGUAAGCGGAUUGACGUUAUUACGAUGCAAACUUUGGUGUUGCUGGUGGAUAUACAUCCCAGUGUUCGGCAGCGUUGCCUGGAGGAGCAGAAGAGGAGACGACAGAGAGCCUCAAGGAAGAUCAGCACCUUCAUUGGCACCUUCAUGCUGUGCUUCGCUCCCUAUGUGAUUACAAGGAUUGUGGAGUUAUUUCCAGCGGUGCCUAUCAACCCCCACUGGGGAAUUGUCUCCAAGUGCUUGACCUACAGCAAGGCGGCAUGCGACCCCUUUGUGUACUCCCUCCUCCGACACCAGUACAGGAAGACGUGCAGCGAAAUCAUCAACAGGCUGCUGAAGCGCAGCUCCAUGAACGCAUCGGGGCCCGGCCACGAGACCCAGGUACACAGCAUACCCGCUGCAGAGUGACGGGUACGGGGCGACGGCCCGGAAAAUACAAGGCUGAUUUACCUUUUAGACGAAGAAGAGAACUAAAAGGUUGUUCCCCGUCCACGUCUGCUUGAGUUUAGUCCGACAAGCCAAAUCAAUUAAAAAGCGUAAAAAAAAAAUAAAAAAAACGUGACCACGGACGAGGGGAAAUCCUUGCACACCACUGCGGCUGCACACUGAGUUCCCAGAGCAGCACAUCAGUGCAGUGAGCUUGAGAGGACAAUGAGACAACGGCAGACUUCACAUCCACCUGGAGAGACGGACGUGCUCACCCGAGAAGAAGGACAAGUUUGUAGCCUCGUUAUGGGAUUUCUUCCGUGUGAUGUAAGAUAUUUUGUCAUCAUUUGACAACAAUCUGGUAUAUAGUCAUAUUAUCUUUAAAAAAAAAAGGAAAUUGCCGUACGUCUGUUUUAGUUCACUCAAAGUGUUUGUAGGUGACAAGUGAUAUGUUGAUGUAGCACUGAAAACUAGCCUAACCAAAACAAGACCUGCUGCGCAUUUAGGCUCAGGUUAUUUCAGACUUGAUGGGGUAAAAUACAAUACUAAUUUAACUAAUUUUAUUUUUGUAGUAGUAUUGUCUUUUGUAGUGUUUGGGCCAAUGAAGGAUACAAAAGCAAGAGUUUCUUUGUUUCACGUGGGUAAACACAUUGUUUUGAAGAAAAAAAAGGCCUUCAAACCGGCUGCCUUCGCUGUCACAAUGAAUGACGUGUGCCCCUCAGGUUGUUUGGUCAAGUGAGGCGUGAUUAACUGCCGGGUUUGUGCUCACGGAGAGGGGGAACCUGCAGAGACUCCUUUAUGCUUUCUCACACCUUUUGGCUACAAGUGAAGAAAACGUGUUAUAUGGCCUUCACUUAGCAGAGGGAUCACAUUACGACUAAUGGCAUCACAUGAUACGUAACAGCAAUGACGGAAAUAGUCACUUCUGUUUUACUGAUAACGUUUGGGAGAUAUGUGUAUGUAUUUUUAAUGAGAUGGAUCGCUAUAAAAGGAUGCAAGAUAGAUAUCUAUCUGAAUACAUAGAUAUUAUGUAUAUUUAUUUAGUCCCGUUGCUUGUAAAGUGAAGUAGUCCGAGGUGUUCUUGAAGACCUAAUUUCAAGAGGCCUCCUGACUGACAACGUGUGAUCUAUUGUACCUAUUUUAUUCAUUGUGUGUUCUGUAUCAGAAGAUAGGCAGCUCUGCAUCAGAGGGCUGGGCUCCACUUGUUAUUGAGGUGACCUGCUGUGAAUAGAGGUGCUUUAACGCCGUCGUUAUAUCAUGCCGGAUGCACAAUGUCUUUACAUGGUACGUGAUCGCUGAAAAAUAAGAACACUGUAUGUAUUACAAUGUGAUCAAUGACGCCCAGUGAGCCAAAUAUUAGUAGCUGCAGUUCAUUUUUCUGAAAACAUAAGAGAAGAUAGAUACAAAUAUUUAUGAAAUGAACAAUUGAUUCUUUUUUGCUUUGUGUUUGUAUGUUCUAUGACAACACAGAGGAGAACUGGUUGUCUUGGACACGCGAUGCAUUGCGCGGCACUGUGUGACACUCCAAGACGGCCGACGCCUUAAUUCUGUAAUAUAUGAUGGUUUUAAAUGUUGCCGUUCACAGCGGCAUAUGAAUAUGUAUAGAUAUGGUCGAUCAUUGCCUUACUCACUUCUGUUUAUUGCCACACAGCCCUCAUCCUGCUUUCCAUUGUAAUUUUUGCUGAUGUUUUGCACCGAUGUAGAUUAGUCAUUUUUCUCACACGAUGAUUAUUCGAUGAAAAACAAGCUAAACAUAAAACAAUAUAAUAUGAUACAAUAUAAUAUGUGGGUAAUUUAUGCAGCACUGUAUUGGUUUGAGUGUUAUAGAAUGUGCUUCUUCACAUGCAAAAUAAGCUUGAACUAUUGUGGAUAGGUCUCAGUGAAUUGAGUGUAAUAUACCUCAUUUAGUUAUGGUAACUGGGUUGACUGCCUCAAGUGUUUUGUUAUGUACAUCCUAAUUUAUUAAACCACUGGCUUGAUGCUGCUGCAGAUGGCUGAGAUGACAAACA